GGUGAAGUAUACAAAGUGGCUGCUGGAGACUUUGCAUUUUUCGCAACUGGCUGGUUUUGAACUCGAUCCCACUUCAUACCAUUACAUGUUACUACUGCGCUUACACAUGCUAUUUGUCUUCACGGGUCUUCAUGAUUUUCUGGCUCAUCGCGUGGAAAGUCUGCGGAUACGGAUUGUUCAAAACUGGGGCCUACCAGACGUUUUAGAAUCUCAGGAACCACGUUCUGACCCAGCCUCAAGCGAUCUUGGUCAGCUUAUUCGUGAUCACGAAUCCACUUUGUCCGAUCUUGAGUCCAUCUGUUUACUAACCGAGUCAUCCAGUAUGCUUCGCAAUGAGAUCAACAAUCUUUGCCACAUGAGUCUUACUUUUCAGUCCUUGUGGUCUCAGUGUCGCUCCUACUCGGAUCUGCUACCUCGGCUAGUUGACCUGGGUUCCGCAUUUCACAAUCACAUCAAGUUCCUGGCUCAGCUUCUGUUUCGAGCGGUUCGUAUAAGCAAUGCAAGACGUUUGCUACCACUUGCCGAAACUUUUAUCAUUGCGUCCUCCUUCACUUAUCCUCCGUGACUGGCCUUUUUAAUAUCUCUUCUACCUCCUAUAUUCUCAUACAAUUGCUUUGAGCA